AUGUUUCGCUCUCAGGGCGCUCGCGGGGCGCAAAUGUGCUCCGUGCUCGCGAUGUACGACCCGAACGCCGCUCUCGAGAGCGGGCGAGAGGAGCUCAUGCGAGAGCUCAGCGCGCGCAUGCGCACGCGAGGGCCAGACGGGUCCGGGUACUUCGGCUCAAAGCGAUACGGUCUCGCGCACGAACGGCUGGCGAUCAUGGAUCCGGAGGGCGGGAAGCAGCCGAUCGUGUACGAAGACGGCGCGAAGACGUACGCCGUGUGCGCGAACGGGGAAAUUUAUAACUUCCGUAAGCUCCAGGCCAAGUACGGUUUGACGGCUGCAAAGACGGGGAGCGACUCCGAGGUGUUGCUUCAGCUGUAUAAGCAUCUUGGAUGCGACUUUGUCAAGGAGCUCAAUGGGAUCUUCGGCUUCGUCGUGAUCGGUGACGAUGGCGAUCAUAUGAUCGCUGCUCGUGAUCACGCUGGUAUCAAGCCGUUGUACGUUGGCUACGGUGAAAACGGUGUCAUGUGGUUUGCGUCCGAGCUCAAGGCCAUCUGCGAUCAAAAGUGCGAGCGCAUCGAAGAAUUCCCGGCCGGCUACUACUGGACCCCGAAAGACGGCUUCGUGAAGUGGUACAACCCGGCAUGGGACUUUGAUGACGCCGUCGGCACGAAGGACACGUCCCACGUCCGCGCCAUCCUAGAGGAGGCCAUCUUGGACCAAACCAUGGCCGACGUACCGAUUGGACUCCUCCUCUCCGGCGGGUUGGAUUCAGCUGUCGUGUCGACGGUGCUCAAGCCCUUCUUGGAAAAGAGUGGCCAGGAGUACCUCUCUUUUACCGUUGGUCAAGAAGGUUCUCCGGAUGUAACCGCGGCUCGCAUGAUGUCCGAGUUCUUGGGAACGAAGCACCACGAGUACCUCUUCACCUCCGAGGAGGCGUGCGCAAACAUCGAGAACGUCAUCUACCACCUCGAAACAUACGAACCGGAGCUCAUUCGUUCCGCCAUCCCCAACUAUUUCUUGGCUAAGCUCACGUCUCAACACGUGAAGGUUGUGCUCACUGGCGAAGGCUCUGAUGAGCUUUUCGCUGGAUAUCUCUAUUUCCGCGAUGCUCCGAGCUCGAAACACGUGCAUAAUGAGCUGCGCAGAAUUUUCGGACACCUACACAACGUCAACUGCCAACGUGCUGACCGCAUGACUAUGGCGCACAGUUUGGAGGCUCGAGUGCCCUUCUUGGAUCCGCGCGUCAUCGACGCCGUCAUGGAAGUGGAUCCGCAGUACAAGACCAUCGAAGGCGAAGAAAAACCGGAGAAGCAUGCUCUUCGCGCGCUGUUCGACGGCGAAAUCCCAGAUCCCGUGCUUUGGCGCACGAAGGCCAUGCAGUGCGAAGGCGUCGGCCUCAACUGGGUGGAUGAUUUGCAAACGUUCUGCAACGAACAAGUGUCCGACGAGGAUUACGCCAAGGCCGAGGAAAUCUACCCCAUCAACCCUCCUCAAAGCAAGGAGGAAAUGUACUAUAGAAGAAUUUUCGAGAAGUACUACCACGGCAUGGAUAAGUUCGUCCACGUGUGGGAAGGUGGUUGUCGCGCUGGCGGUGCUGCCUGGGAGAACAAUCAGUACACUCGCGCUGGCGUCAAGAAUGUCAAACAGCUGGCGAAGGGUCUCACCGGCGUGCGCGGCGCGUGA